AUGCGGCUUGUUUCUCUCCUACCAUUUUCAUCGACUGCUUCAACUCCCGAGAUAGCAAAAGCAUAUCGAAAGAAGAGCAUACAAUUGCAUCCAGACAAGAACCCAGGUGUGAAGCACGCGCACGAACGGUUUGCAAGGCUCAGCGUCGUAUCCUCGAUACUCAGGAAUGCGGAGAGCCGUAAACGAUAUGACUUCUUCUACAAGAACGGUGUACCAAAAUGGAGAGGAACUGGAUACUACUAUUCGCGUUUCCGUCCAGGACUUGGAACAGUCAUCGUAUUCCUGGUCUUCAUAUCCUCGUGUUUACAAUAUCUGGUUCAACGCAUGAACUACAACCGCGACUUGAAGAGGAUAGAGUGGAUCAUCCAGCAAGCACGGUCCGCCGCAUGGGGUUCGAAGAUGCUUCCCAUAGAAGGGCGAAGGAAGGUGAAAGUCAAUCUAGGUGGUGGUCCACGUCUAGACGAAGACGGAAACAUAGUGUCCGGAAGAAUGGUUGAUAUCACGGUGGAGGGAACUGACGUCUACAUCCUUGAGCCGGAUGGCACUCUGCUCCCAGUGAACAGCAACACCGCAGUCGCGCCGUCGUUCAAGAGAACCUGGUUCGUCGGCCUUAUGACGAACCUGAUACGCGGCGUGGUCAAGAGGCCAUCAAAUGCGGAAGAGGUUAAUGGUGUAGACUCUGUGGAGAGGGAUGAGGGAGAGGAGACUGACGAUACGUCCGUCUCCGGCUCGGUGAGGGGCGGAACGGUGACACCGAAGGGAGCAGCGCCUGGUGCAAAGGGCGUGCGGGCUCCCGCUGUGAUGGGUGGCGGGAAACGGAGAAAAAACCCGCGAAGGCGAUGA